AUGGAUCCAAGAUUUAGUGCAGAUUUAAUGAUCGACUUUCACUCAUGGUUCUCUUCAUCAGAAACUGAAUUACCAACCCUAUUAUUAGAAAGAAUCUUCUUAAUUUUUUUUCCUGCUCAACCAGGCCAAUAUCUUGUUCAACAAAGCCAACAAUUAAUAUCAGGUUUAAUACAAUUUACAAUUGAAGAGCGGUCGAGUACACGUUCAAUUAUCUAUAAUAGAAUAAAAGGAAUGAGUGAUUUUGUCGAUGGAAGUCAAUCGGAACUUAUUAGAAGAUCCGAAAAUAAAAAACGUAUCAAAAUUUUGGAAAAAGAUCUAGAACAACGUAAGCAACUUCAUCGAAAUGAACUCUUAAAUGCUCGUGAUGAAAUUGAAAAAGAAUAUCGACAAAAGCUUGAAUCCGAAAAGCAACGAUGCAAUUUAGAGAAUCAACAAUUAAACGAUAAAUUUAAUCGGGAAAAAGAAAGCAUGGAACUCGAGCAUCAAAAGGUAAUACAAAAUUUACGCGACAAAAUACAAAAAUUAGAAGAUGAAAACAAAAAAAGUCUAGCAAAGAUUAAAGACUUACAAACGGAAAAGGAUGCAGCUGUAAAAGAAGCAAUAGUACUUCAAAUAGCUCUUGGCGACGUGCGAAAUGUUCAAUGGAGCGACGAUGAUCCAAACGAUCCUGAGCAAUUAAUCAAAGACAUUGGAAGAAUACAAAAAUCAUUGACGGAUGUUACUAAAGUCAAAGGCAAACAGAUACAAAUCAAUGAGGCAAAAACGAAUGGCCUUUUCGACGAAUACAAAAUCGAAACUCAUGACGAAGCUCAUGACGCAAAGACGGCCUUGAGUCUUUCACUUCAACGUCUUAUUUUUAAAAAAGUUUAUGAAUUUAUAGAAAAUCUUUCUUCAAUCAACGAAGAUGACAAUCUCGAAUCUUCGAUAAUCUCCACCACUAAAGAAUUGGUGUGUUUUAUGGAAGAAUUUGAAGCAACACGCUCAGGUGAUGAUGAUAUCACACGAUUUACACCAAUUAAAAUUCGUCAACACGUAUAUGCUUCAUUAGGAUCACGUAGUUUCAAUGAUCCUAGUCAUCCAAUCAUAAUCGCAAUCACUAAUGAUCUUUUAAAUGAGAUGAAUAAGUACCGAGAAAUGUUGUCGGAAGAAGAUAAAAAUCGCUUGAACGUUCAACUUGCCGAACUCGUGAUUGAACUUAUUCGUUUUUUAUUUCGAUUGUCCACACAAGAGCCUAAACUUGAUGUCAAAUGGGUUAAACGCGGCAAAAAGAUUCGUAAUGAGUUAAUGCAAGGUCCCUGGGACUCAGGAGAUAGCGAUAAUCUGGUGGUAAAUUUCUGUUAUUUUCCGGCCAUCGGGAUUAACCUUUCUGAUAAAAAAAAUCUACGCAUUUACUGUAAGGCUCAAGUUUUGGCAAAAUCUUAUAGUAGGUUUUCUUCGUUUGUGCGAGGUGUAAUUGAUGCAGUUAGUGAAAAAAAUGAUUCUUAA